AUGUCGCUGUCGGCCGCUGCGAGAGAGCUGUCCGAGUCGGACUUCCAGGAUAUUGGGCCGGCGCCCAAACCGCCGCCUGUGGCGUACAACCAGACGAAGCCCUUGGUGAACUAUAUGAGCCAAAUGGACCUCGGAGCGAAGAGCGGAGGCAAGAUGCGGGCUGUGCAGCGCAAGAAGUCGGGGUGGGUGUCGUACAAGGACGACGGGCUGCUGUCGUUUCUUUGGCAGAAGCGCUACAUGGUGCUGAACGACAACUACCUUUCGCUGUACAAGGGCGACUCGGGGCGCGAGGACGCGGUGGUGCAGAUUCCGCUGACGUCGAUCGUCAGCGUAUCGCGGAACCAGUUGAAACAGAACUGCUUUGAGGUUGUUCGGAGCAGCGACCGGUCGGGCGCGCCCGCGGCCGGCGCGGGCGGCGACUCGUCCAAGAAGUCGGUCUUCAUUGCGACGAAGACCGAGCUGGACCUGCACACCUGGCUGGACUCGAUCUUUUCCAAAUGUCCUCUGCUCAGUGGUGUCUCAUCCCCCACCAAUUUCACCCACAAAGUGCACGUGGGUUUUGAUCCGGAGACCGGUUCCUUUGUAGGCAUGCCGUUCAACUGGGAGAAGCUGCUGAAGCAUUCGCGGAUCACUGGCGAGGAUUGGAACAACAAUUCUGCCGCUGUUAUUCAGGUCCUGCAAUUCUACCAGGAGUAUAAUAACGGGACCGCAACACCUACGGCUCAGGCCGCGGCUCAGGCUGCUGGUGCACCUGGCCGUCCGCCGAUGUUGACUCUGUCGUCUAACAGCUCGCAGGCCUCUAUGCAGCAAAUAGCCUCUACGCCCCCAUAUUCGGGCGGCGAAAUGAUACCCCAGAGGAAGGCGCCCACGCCUCCAAAACCCGUGGUUACUUCGGGGUCUGCGAUCCCUUCCGCUAAAGGAGGCCCAAAUGUCGGCGUCACAACUUCGCCAAGUGUGCACCAUCAAAAUACGCAGCAUGGCAAGCAGCAAUCGCCAACGCAGAGUGGUCCUCCAAAGUCACUACCUCCUUUGCACCGUGAUGAGGAGGGACCGACUGCUCCCUUGGGAAACUCCGUAUCUUCGGUUGCUACUAAGGAGUCCCCAACUGAAAGGUUGUUGAACAACCUUUCAGAAACUUCGCUUAUGCAGAAACAGCUUCCUGCGAAGCCUGUUGCGCCGCCAUCUUCGGUCGGCCCCGUUGCUCCGCCAUUGAGGUUACAGCCGCAACGCGUGGCGCCAGGUAGGCCCGCUCAGCCAGGUCCUCACGCGCCAGAUACCCGUCCUGGUGGUCCAAACGCUAUGAAACAGCAGCAUGGUCCGCCGGCUGCUGCCAGCGGUCAAUUGGGCCCAGAUUCGAAGAAGCCAGAAGGGGCCCCUGGGCAUCCGACGGCAGUUGCCAAGAAGAAGAAGGCUGGAAGGCCAACUAUGUCCAAUGCUGAGAUUAUGACUAGGCUGGCGGCUGUGACCUUCAACACAGAUCCCAGCCCAUUUUUUCAAAUGAUUGAAAAAGCCGGUCAAGGUGCAAGUGGGUCUGUUUAUUUGGCGCAGAGAUUAAAAAUACCCCCAUAUGAUGAGAAUUCUGGUGUAAGUCAGCAUGAGUUGAAUGAUAACAUCGGUGACAAGGUGGCGAUCAAACAGAUGAUUCUUUCUAAACAACCACGUAAGGAAUUGAUAGUUAAUGAAAUUUUGGUUAUGAAAGAUUCGCAACAUAAGAAUAUCGUCAACUUUUUGGAAGCAUAUUUGAAAACAGAGGACGAUUUGUGGGUUGUCAUGGAAUACAUGGAAGGCGGGUCUUUGACGGAUGUUAUUGAAAACUCCAUUGGCAGUGAUGCCUCUGAGUCUCCAAUGACUGAGCCUCAAAUUGCAUACAUUGUCCGCGAGACGUGUCAGGGUUUAAAGUUUCUACAUGACAAACAUAUCAUUCAUAGGGAUAUCAAGUCGGAUAACGUGCUUCUAGAUACACAUGGUCGCGUUAAAAUCACCGAUUUCGGCUUUUGUGCUAAGUUAACUGAUAAGAGAAGCAAGAGAGCAACAAUGGUAGGUACUCCUUACUGGAUGGCACCUGAGGUUGUCAAACAGCGGGAAUAUGAUGAGAAGGUUGAUGUUUGGUCCUUAGGAAUCAUGACAAUUGAGAUGCUAGAAGGUGAGCCUCCGUACUUGAAUGAAGAGCCAUUAAAAGCAUUGUAUUUAAUUGCGACAAAUGGUACACCCAAGUUGAAACAUCCAGAACUCUUGUCCUUGGAAAUAAAGCGUUUCCUAAGUGUUUGUCUUUGCGUUGAUGUCAGAUACAGAGCUUCUACUGAGGAAUUGUUACACCAUUCUUUCUUUGAAACGAGCUGCGAGCCAGAGGAGCUGGCAAACCUACUAAAGUGGAAAAAGUAA